AGAUCUUAGAUAAGUCGCGGUUGUCGCGGGUCUGCUUAGAUAAGGAAAUCCAAUUUCCAUCGUUUCCACGAGAGAUGCCGCGUGAAUCGCGAAACGUGCGGUAAAUAAGGGGUGAUAAUACGGAAAAACUUGAGGAGCCACACGGAUUCACAUCGCGGGGAGUUGAGGAUGUACAUAUCGAAUCUGAGCCGUUGUUCUUGAUCACGUGUCGAUUUAAGGUUAACCAAUGACACAUACGAGCAGCGACCAGUCGUGCGCCAGUCGAGUAACGGCCUUCUACUUAACUGGAUGUUGCCUGUCAUCCAGAACCAACGAAUUGAGCAAUCGGAAAGUAAUGGGACAUUAACGUGUUGGAAAUUAGGCAGGACCGUAUAUUCGUUAUCGUCGUCGCCGUCGUCGUUGAUCGAUAGACAAACAAAUAAAAGAAAUAAUCAUGGAUGGGAAAUUAAAGGCAGAGAAAAAGAAAAAUCCACGUCAAGGAGCAAAUCCUUUCAGUGCUAUGACAUUUACGUGGGUUUUAGGUACCUUCUGGGAUGGAUACCGUAAGGAUUUAGAAGUAGAGGAUCUAUUCAAACCUCUAAAAGAACAUACAAGUAGCAUUUUAGGUGCACAAAUUUCAAAAGCAUGGGAAGUAGAGUUAGCAGCAUACGAGAAACGGAAACAGCUCAGCGAAUUGAAAAACGCUACUAGUAAAAAAUACGAUGUUAAAAACAGAGUGAAACCUCCUAGUUUGACCAAAGUCCUUGUCAAAUGUUUCGGCUUUAAGUUAUUAGUCUAUGGACUAAUUCUAGCCGUUUUGGACAUUUUAUUCAGAUUAUCCCAGCCCAUGUUUCUUGGCCUUCUGAUUCGUUACUAUAAUCAGUCAAAAGGUAGACGCUAUGUCUCCGUGCAUAGUGUGCUACUGCCUAGAACAUACAACUCGUCCGAAUUACAAAUUAAUGAAAAUGAAGAUGCGACGAGAUCGGUAUUGCAACCGUUAUUCCUUGGCAGCCUGUUGAGUUAUUACGGCAACAAUAAUAAUACAACGAAAGACGAAGCCUACUUAUAUGCUACUGGCGUGAUACUGUGUUCAACGUUCUUAGUAUUUGUCAAUCAUCCAUACAUGAUGGCCAUUCUUCACAUGGGUAUGAAGAUGCGUGUGGCUUGUUGCACGCUGAUAUACAGGAAAGCAUUGAAGCUCUCAAGGACAGCGCUAGGCGAAACGACAGUAGGGCAAGCGGUAAAUUUGUUGUCCAACGACGUGAACAGAUUCGAUGUAGCGAUUAUAUUUUUGCAUUAUUUAUGGAUUGGGCCACUCGAGACUAUUAUUAUUCUGUACUUUAUGUACAGAGAAGUUGAAAUAUCCGCUAUCAUCGGGGUCGCAGUGCUACUGAUGUUCGUGCCGUUGCAAGGUUAUUUGGGUAAAAAGUCUUCAAUCCUGAGAUUAAAAACUGCUAUAAGGACGGAUGAGAGGGUUCGAUUGACAAACGAAAUCAUCAGUGGUAUCCAAGCGAUCAAAAUGUACACCUGGGAGAAGCCUUUCAGCGCUCUAGUCGAGAAAGCAAGAAAGAGAGAGAUCAAUGUUAUUCGACUCACGUCGCUGAUCAGAGGUGUCACUAUGUCUUUCAUCAUGUUCAGCACUAGACUGUCACUCUUCAUCACUAUACUCGCUUACGUUUUAUAUGGUAAAAACAUAACUGCCGAGAAAGUGUUCAUGUUGACCGCCUACUACAAUAUUUUACGUCAGACGAUGACAGUCUUUUUCCCUCAAGGUAUAACACAAGUAGCGGAGGCAAUGGUCUCUAUAAAGCGUCUAGAAAAGUUCAUGAUGUACGACGAGGUCGAAGAUCAUGGUAAUAAAGAGAAGGUAAAGAAAGUAAAUUUGAGUACCGAGAAUAAUAAAAGUGAUAUGAACGGUAAAACGAAAGAAUGGAACAACGCGAUAAACAAGACAGAUAAGAUUAACUUGAACAACGAGGAGCCUUGCGUGAUGCUGAAAAAUGUCAACGCCCGGUGGAUACCUGAUGACGAGGAAGACACUUUGAAGAGCAUCAACAUCGAAUUGAAGCGGGGCGAGCUGCUUGCCAUCGUCGGACAAGUCGGUGCUGGCAAAACUAGUUUGUUGAACGUGAUACUGAAGGAGCUACCUGUGAACGGUGGCAGCGUUCAAAUAAAUGGCAAGAUAGCGUACGCCAGUCAAGAACCGUGGUUGUUCGCCGGCUCUGUCAGACAGAACAUACUAUUUGGCAAAAAGAUGGAUUCGUUCCGAUAUGAUCGCGUAGUCAAGGUCUGUCAAUUGAAGAGGGAUUUCAGCCUGCUGCCAUAUGGCGAUAAAACUAUUGUUGGCGAAAGAGGUAUCAGUUUGUCCGGCGGUCAGCGUGCUAGGAUUAACUUGGCCAGAGCAGUAUACGCGGAGGCUGAUCUGUACUUAUUGGAUGAUCCGUUGAGCGCUGUCGAUGCUCAUGUGGGCAAGCAUAUGUUUGAGGAGUGUAUCGACAGAUUCUUGAGAGAAAGUACCAGGAUACUCGUCACUCAUCAGUUACAAUACUUAACAAACGUCGACAGGAUAAUCGUGUUGAAGGAUGGUCAAAUCCAUGCUGAAGGUUCUUACGAAGAGCUCACUAGGAUGGGAAUAGAUUUCGGAAGGUUGGCAGAAAAUCAAGCUGUCGAAGAAGAGGAAAGAAAGGUGUCAGCUCCACCUAGUAGAAGUAACUCAAGGAAUGCUAGUAUCACAUCUUUAAGUUCGCACAUGAGUAGCGGGACUGAGAAACUGGAUCCAGUUGAGGUGGAAGAAACACGUUCAAAAGGCAAAAUUUCCGGCGAGGUCUACUCAGGAUACCUGAGGGCAGGCGGAAACUGGUGUCUCAUACUUAUUGUGUUUCUUCUGUGCGUAUUGGCGCAGUUAGCUGCGAGCGGUGGUGACUAUUUCAUCUCGCAAUGGGUCAAUAUGGAAGAGAAAUACACAAAAGAAAUAAACGAUACGAUAACGACAACGGACUGGGAAGGCCCCCUCAGUCGUGAAAUUUGCAUAUACACGUACAGUGCUCUGACCGUUUUAACAAUAGUUAUUACACUGAUGCGUUCAUUUACAUUCUUUACGACAUGUAUGAAGGCAUCUACCAAGCUACACGAUCGGAUGUUCCGCAGCAUCAGUCGCGCAACUAUGCGUUUCUUCAACACGAAUACUUCUGGUCGUGUUCUGAAUCGAUUCUCAAAGGACAUGGGAGCCAUAGACGAGCUGUUACCCUCUGCGAUGAUCGAUUGCACACAGAUUGGUUUAUCUCUCAUCGGUAUCAUAAUAGUGGUAGCUAUGGCCAAUCCCUGGCUGUUGAUACCCACAGUGGUCAUAGGAAUUAUAUUCUUCUACCUUCGAGUGUUUUAUCUGGCGACUAGUCGAAGCGUCAAACGUCUUGAAGGAGUCACUCGAUCACCGGUCUUCGGACACCUGAAUGCAACUCUUCAAGGAUUGCCAACAAUUCGCGCAUUCGAGGCGGGUGAAAUCUUGACCAAGGAGUUCGACAAUCAUCAAGAUUUGCAUUCGUCCGCGUGGUACAUAUUCAUAGCGACCUCGAGAGCUUUCGGCUUUUGGUUGGAUCUUUUCUGUGUCGUCUACAUUAUAUUGGUUACGUACAGCUUCCUGCUCUUGGAAGAUAGUCUUGGUGCGUCGCUUGGAGGUAAUGUGGGCUUGGCUAUCACGCAGAGUAUUGGGUUGACUGGCAUGUUUCAGUGGGGAAUGCGACAGAGCACUGAGCUCGAGAAUCAGAUGACAUCUGUUGAGCGAGUGUUGGAGUAUAGCAAAGUGGACAGCGAGCCACCACUAGAGAGUACCCCUGACAAGGAACCGAAAGAUUCUUGGCCAGAAGAAGGCAAGAUUGAAUUCAAGAACCUCCAUCUGAGAUACGACCCCGCGGAAGAACCAGUGCUGAAGAACUUGAACUUCGUGAUCUAUCCUCAAGAGAAAAUAGGAAUUGUCGGUAGAACAGGUGCUGGAAAAUCGUCCCUGAUCUCAGCGUUGUUCCGACUGUCGGACCUUGAAGGUGUGAUUGAGAUAGAUGGGGUGAAGACCAAUGAGAUUGGCCUUCAUGAUCUGCGUAGCAAGAUCAGUAUUAUUCCUCAGGAACCGUUCCUCUUCUCCGGCACAUUGCGAAGGAAUCUAGACCCCUUUAGCAGCUACAAUGACGACGUUCUUUGGAAGGCGUUAGAGGAGGUCGAGCUGAAGGAGAUGGGUCUGGACGCACAUGUCAACGAGGGUGGCUCUAACCUCAGUGUGGGACAACGUCAGCUCGUGUGUCUCGCUCGAGCUAUCGUCAAGAACAACCCUAUUCUCGUUCUUGACGAGGCUACGGCGAACGUGGAUCCCCGCACUGAUGAGCUCAUCCAAGUGACGAUCCGCAAGAAGUUCGCCCAGUGCACGGUGUUAACUAUCGCCCACAGGCUUAACACUGUCAUGGACAGUGAUCGCAUCUUAGUGAUGGACGCUGGUAACUCAGUGGAAUUCGAUGCUCCAUACAUACUACUACAAAAGGCUACUGGAUUCUUGCAAAGUAUGGUGAAUGAGACUGGUCCAUUGAUGGCGGAAGCUUUGAAGGAAGUGGCUCGUGAAAGCUAUCAAAACCGCACAUCCACCGCCCUUUGAUUCCCGUACGAGGAAUUAAUGAAGUGCCCAAGUUGGAUAAUGCAUUCAGUUCCGUUACUUAUAGGCUGUAGUUUCUAAUUUUUAACGCAUAAUCAUUUUCUACGAAUAUACCUGAAGAUUGUAAGAAUAUACACAUCACACCGUCGAGCAUAAUUUCGCCAUUUUCGGGUUCGCUCAGCCGCCGAGCUGUUCCUGGAUACAGUAUUAUCUUGUAGAUUUUUUGUAACUGGUUCAUUGUCCUUUUACUCGGAAACUACGAUAGCCUUCGAGAAUCGUCCUGCGACUUCCUAGACUCGAAUGCAUUGUGUAUACUAUUUUUGUAUAUUAGUCACAAGCGUACUAAUACGGAUCCAUGGAUACGGAGACACGUACCACACACGGCACAACUAAGCGGGACUUAUGCGAUUCGUAAAGGAACGUUUUAUACAGGAUCAAAUUCUCCACCGUCUUAGCAAGUCGGUGCUGCAUAAUAGUAUAAACGUACUUAAGUCGGGACGGCAGGUGAUUUUACUUCCUAAGAUAGAAUUACUUUGACCGAUGCGUGCUAUGUCGAAACAGUUUUUAUUAAAACACCGAUGUAUCAGCCUUAUAUGUACAUAAUCGUCGAAGAAUACGGAACUCUUCGGCCCAAAUGCAUUUCCCUGUUUGAACUCGCGCGGACGGACACGCGAACCAGCGGGUUCGGCGCGUUUACUGAACCCGCGCAGGGAACGCCUGGCCAGUUUUUGUACUGCGUCGAAACGGUGCAGAAUUUUUCUUUAUUUUUUUCUUUUUUUUGUACGUAAAAGCUUCGGAAGAGUCUAGGAGCGCCUUCUCAUUCCGCGUACUCGUGUAUUCGAUCACAUCGCGGUGCUAUACUUUUUUUUGUUCGUCGUACAAACAUAUAUUGUACUAUUGGAUGAGAAACGAUUGCCUUACGUACAAGUGCCUAUUGUAAUUGAAUUUGUAACAGAAUGAAAAAUAUAGAUGCGGAGCAUUUUUUAUGCGUCUGAAACGACCGAGA